AUGAAUAAUUGUUUCACUAAGAAACAAAAAUUUGCAAGUCGAUGGAAUUUGAAUGUUAUCAUUCGUUUAAGAUUCACAGACGACAAUGCCUGGACAGACUAUCAUAUGAGGUACAGACACGGAGAAGGAGAAGUCCAUGAGACUGAGGACUGUCAUUUACUGCUAGUUCUUCUACUUAGAUUUGAAAUGCUUUGCUGUUUCCGCCUGUUAUCUUGUACCAACCGUUUACCCUUAGUGUAA